ACAGUGGAGGACCGGCAACAGCGAACAUGGAGGUUUAGUUGUCGCCUUGUGUCCGUAGAAGAAGGAGUGUUUCACUGACGCGCAUUUUAUUUUCACUUUUCCUUUGUUAUACUUUGUUUUUUCGCCCUCUGUUCGGGCUUCGACAUGGAGAUGAAGAAGAGGAUUAGUCUGGAGCUGAGGAACAGAAAUCCAGCCGAGGUGGCGGAGCUGGUGGUGGAUAACUGUCGCUCCAGCGAUGGUGAGGUGGAAGGACUCACGGACGAUUACACUGGGCUGGAGAUCCUCAGCAUGGUGAACGUCGGCCUCAGCUCGCUCUCCAAACUGCCCUCACUGCCCAAACUACGCAAGUUGGAGGUGAGCGAUAACACCAUCUCGGGGGGUCUGGAUGCGCUGGCUGAGAAAUGUCCCAGCCUCACCUACCUGAACCUGAGCGGGAACAAGAUCAAGGAUCUGAGCACCAUCGAGCCUUUGCAAAACCUGAAGAACCUGAAGAGCCUGGACCUGUACAGCUGUGAGGUCACGGCACUGGAUGACUACAGAGAUGGCGUCUUCGAGCUGCUGCCUCAGCUCACCUACCUGGAUGGGUUUGACGAGGAAGACAACGAGGUGCCCGACUCCGAGGCAGAGAACGAUGAGGAUGAUGAAGCCGGCCCACCCGGAGAUGAUGAUGAUGAUGAUGAUGAUGAUGAAGACGAUGAAGAGGAUGAAGAAGGCUCUGAGGGAGACGAGGUCGGCCUGUCGUACCUGAUGAAGGAGGGAAUCCAGGAUGAAGAGGACGAUGGAGACUACGUCGAGGAGGACGAAGAGGACGAGGAAGAAGAAGAGGAUGGAGAUGAGGACGGCGCCGCUGUUCAGGGCGAGAAGAGGAAGAGAGACGCCGACGACGAAGGUGAAGAUGACGACGACGAGUAGUCCAACCACCUUUGCACACUAUAUCGUCUGACACCCCUCCUCCCCCCGCCCCUCCCCACCUCCACCUGACCCCAGCAGGACGUGGUUUUGGAGCUCCAGACAAACAGGAAGCUGAGAUCAGGCUCAUCGCUGUCCUUCACCGCGGUGAUGUCACUCCUCCGCCGGUCAGCUGAUCAGCAGGAAGUCAAUAACAGAGCUUAGAAAUGCACCGCGUUCCCUCAGACAUGUCACGCACAAAUAUGAAAUUCAGGAAAACCAUGAAGGACAAAAAAAAUAGGAACACCUCAGCAGCUCCUCUGUCUGCUCCAGCUUCAUCACCUCCUCAUCCUCAGCACCGGCCUGCUGCUCAUCACACAGACAGCAGGGGGCAGCGACACACCGUUCCUCACCCCUGUGAUACGAAUAUUUAACAAUCCAAGGAACGCGCUACAUGAUUGGUGUUUGUCACAGUGAUGAUGUCAUCAGCGGUGGCUAGGGGAAAUCAAUCAGGGUCUGAAAACAUUUCAUUUUCCAGUCUGCUCGCUGUACGAGCCCCACACGCCACUGGUGAUGUCAUCACGCAGCCACACCCUUUAACGCGUUUUUGGUUUUUGGGGGAGGGUUUUAAAUCACCACAUGUCUCGGGGUGUGAUGGGUGGCGCCGUCUCCGUCUGUAAUCUGUUGAUCGCUGAUGUUACUUAACACACGCUCGCAUCUUGGACCCAGCUGAUCAGUUCAAAAUUCCUAAAUUCUCUGAAACCCUCGUUCGGGGCGCGGUCACGAUGUUCUGUCAUUGAUCUGUUUUAAGCUAUCGAUCGGUCGGAUAGUCAAUCGAGUGUUUUUAUUUGACUUUAUUGAUCUGAAGCGAGUCAGCUGUUUCCUUUGUUUUUCGUUCAGUUUGUAUCUGCAAAAAAUAAAAAUAUACAGGAAGUGACCUGCAGCGGCAGGCUGUCAGCUGAUUGGUGGGCUGGUAUCUGGAACCAGACUAUAGCGCUGUCAGACUGUCUGCCUGGAAAAUGUGGCGUGUUCCUGUCUCUCCUCUAUUGAUUAUUGAUCAGCUGGAAGGCGGAGCUCCUCCCACUCAACCCAGUUCUCCUGAGCCUGUGAGUCCAGACACUACACUACCCAUGAUUCUCAACAGCUGAUUGCUCCAAACAUGGAUCCAGAGUUGCCCUCCUCUCUGCUCUCUGAUUGGAUGACUCCAAAGCAGUGCACUCUGGAUCUUGUAGUUGGCUCCUCCCCUAAGCUUUUUUCCUUCAUUCUUUUAAAUUGACUGUUACUGUUUUAACCCCGCCCCCGUCACCUGUCACCUGUUGGGUCUGCGGCCUCCCGUCCCACCCCCACGGAUCCCUGUGUAAAUAGAAGUGAACUGGUCUCUGUAGGUUUGUGCUGUCGUCCGUUUGGCCCUGAUCUGUGGUGUUGAGUUUGGAAGCGUGAAGCCGGAGCGAUGCUCCUCCUCCUCCGUAAUUUUAUUUUUUUAUUCCUGUGUUCUGAUCGUGUUGCUGUGUGUUUUUGAAUAAAACGACUGAAAUCUC